CAUAAUCAUUUUUUCUGUUGUUAGAACUGCAGUAAGGAAAAGUCUGAUCAACAUCUGCAAAUCAGAUUGUCUAUGGGACGAGGAAGCAUACUUUUACAAGAAUCUUCUGGAUGUUUUUAAAUUGUUCUGGAUGUUUUUAAAUUGUUCAUCAUCUUUUCACUGAUGCUCGUUUUUGCAUUAAUUUGGGGAUGAACUUUGUGUAAACUUAGCUCUUAACAGCUCAAAUCAGUUUUGGACUUGGACUACAGUAUACCUUUUUGUUGACUCUCCAUCUGCACCAAUGUACAGCAGUGGCUACUCGCAGGUCAACAAGUUGAGCCCACAGGGUCAAAAAAAGAUGCAGUACCGUUCAAAGGGCAAAAGUUGCGGCUACUACAUGCGAAUUGUCUUCUUUUUCUCUUCUCUGAUUCAGUCUCUCAUUAUAAUUAGCCUUGUGCUAUUCCUGGUUUAUGGAAAGAAUGAGGACUCUGCAUCCACAACAAACAUCCAAGACCUAGAGGAGACUUUCAGUCGACUCUCAAUAGAAAAUGUUGCCCUGAGACAUCAGCGAAAAAACCUGACCAACAUUCUCAAUGCCACCCUCACUGAAAAGGCUCGAAAUGACUGGGACUUGGCUCAUCUGCGUCAUCUCAGCAAUGUCUCAUUCUUUAUUAUCCACGAUUAUGAUAGGAGACUGCAACAGUGCAAUACAGAGGCGUUAGGUUUAAAGCUCAGAUGCAGUACUCCUUUUCGUCCACAGGCACCACUGCAACCAUUUUCCUCGGACUGCAGUGGGGUAGCAGUUAACCAAUUGAAAGCUGCAUAUGCACUUCUGGAGUCAAACUUCACUCAAACAGUUCAGAGUAUGAAGAUGGAAACUGAGCAGAUUGUCAAGGAGAGGGACAGCCUUAAUUUAGAGGCUAUCCAUCUAAGGAGAGACAAAUCCAUCCUGGAAAAAGAGAUACAAAAUUACAGGCAAAUGACAAAAGAUCGUUUUCAUGACUCCAUGAAGUCAGUUUCCAAUGUCUCCCGAGCUUUCCUGAAGAAGAUUGAUUCUCUACUCCCAAGACACCUUGCUUUCCAGCUCACUUGCCCAAAACAGAGGGAUCACCUAGAGCAGAUCCGUAGUAACUGCACCAGUCUGUCUCGAGAAGUAGAGGAGAAGCUUCAGUAUUACAUGAAUAAUGUUGGAGAGGAGGUGUCGAUCAUCCAAGCAGAGAACAACCACCUGAAGGCAGAAAACUGGCGACUAUCUGAAGACUACCGUUGGUGUAGCCAAAAUCGCACAGGGAUGAUCGAGCAGCACAGACAGAACAGAGAAGAACUUCAGCGGAAUCAUGAUCAGGCCAAGGAGAAGCUCUUGAUUGAUAAGUUGAAGUUGAUUGGAGAAAAAAAAGUCCUGGAAAGCAGUGUUAAGUAUAAAAACACAGAAGUGGAUCAUCUCAGAGAGCAAAUAAGGCAGCUCAACAUGACAUGCUUACCAAAGACAACUUCAGCAAGUUUUGGCUACCGGCCAAACACGCAGACUGGUAGUUUCGGUGGCACUGGAUCUUCUUUUGGUGGAGGAAGAACUGCGCAGGGAGGUGCCCAAAGCUUGGUCUCACAGCACCUACAAGAUCUGCAACGUCUGAUCAACCCGUCCGACCCACAGGAGAAACAAGAUCUUUCCAGAAUGCUGGGUUAGCCCAAAAAUGGAGAAUUCUUUUAAAAAUAUCCAACCACAACCUAUGUAAUGUUAUUCAUAUACAAGAAAGAACUGAAUCUAACUUUCUCAUAACAAGUUGAUAUAUUUUCUACAAUGACUGUAUAAUGUAAUUCCAAUGGUUUAUUCCUCAGUAUCCACGAGUGUAAGUAACAGUUUUUGCACUUUUGAAUUAAGAAUGUGAUGUGUUUGUGUUUUACCAUGUAAUCACACAGAAUGCAACAAGCAAGUAUGGAGAAAUAAUGUAGUACUGUAUUUUUACUCUGUCAAUACAUAAAAAAUAAAGGCAUUGUUUCAGUGUAAGCACAUCUAUUGUACCUGUCUCUCCUUGUACUUUAUAAACAAGGCUAUUUAAAAUGUUACCCCUCUCAGUCCUGGAAAUAACUGUUUGUGCCUGUGUGCGUCAUCUAUUGUGUUGUCAAUUGUCUUCAAAUGACCCCCAGCCCCAUCUGCAAUAUUUUA